AAAUGUUGUUUAUCUCACAAGCCUAAGGACGGGACUACGGUACACAAACAUGUUAUUUACGUAUUAGACAUCGCAAUGUUUUGCUCCGCGCAGUGUGUUGACGUCGGAAAUAUGAUAGCGGCAGUGGUUGUAGUGUGGGUAGGGGGUGGCACGGGUUACAAAAUGUUGCUAGAAAAAUGUAUAUUAUUAUAAAAAUUAGGAUGUGUUACACAUCUACAUAUAGUAUAAUAAUCAGUAUUAUGUGUGUGCUUCGCGAAUUUUCUACUCAAGAAAAUAUUCACAGAAAACCUGACACUAUAUCAAAGUCGGGAAUGUAUAUGUGUAUAUAGACCUGUAUACAAUAUGUGUGUGUGUGAGCGCGCGUGUAGUAAUGAACAAGUAUGAACGAAACAUAAUCACACAAAGAUUACAUACUAUAAUGUAAGCUCUGUCGCUCUAUACUUCCAAGAAACUUCUUUCUUGAUCACUGCUCUCGACAGCACGACAGCUGUUCCCUCUUUUCUCGUGUCUGCAACUUGUUGUGUCGAGCUUUUUUGUUUGUUGUUUUUUACGCGGAGCUUAGCCCUAUAAACACGUCUAGCAGAUCAGGGUAAAUCAAAAACCAGGCCCCAGUCCAGGAUAGUGUUUUCCUUUUAACGGUUCUUGUUAAUACAAGCUUUACAUACAGUAGAUAUAGACAACAUAUGUAUGUACUGCUUAUACAGUGACUCCCGACUAACUUCCAAGAUUUCAAAUAUAUAGUGUAUGACUCUCAAAUACUCACUUCAAUAAUUAAAUAUACUUGCGGAACUGACUUACCUUCCCUGCCAAUGUUCUGCAAAUAAUAUAGACAGCCAGACUCCAAGACAGGCUGGUAGGUAAGAUAGAUAGAUAAGGAAAUCUUGCCGUGAUGUAUGCUGUUGCUGACUUGGUGGAAAACAAAAAAUAAUCAACCAACAGUUGAUAAUGACUAAAAUAGAUGACAUAUGACAUGGAAUUCCUGUAGUAGCGGGGAAGUCUGUCUAUUCAUUAUCUUAAUUUCCGGAGAGGCAGCGUAAUAAAUGAGAUUCAUUAAUGGCAUGGAAGUCCAACAGUCAAGCCCUACUCACGAGACAUUUCCGUGACCUGAUCCUCUUAUUCAUCCUCAUCUGUGUGUGUGUUACGCUCUGUGUGUGUAUAUGUGUGUGUGUUUUACACUCUGUGUGUGUGUUACGCUCUCUUUCUAUGUGUUGUGUGUGUAUUUGUUUUACACGCUCCCUCUCACUGUGUAGAGGCUCAUAAAAACUCCUCACUCCCUCUCUCUCUCCCACUCCAUCACUCUUGGUCUAUUUUACUCUUCCUCCCUUUCUCCGCUCCUCUUUCCUCUUUUCGCUUUUUCCAUCUCUUCCUAUUUGUCUGUCAGUCUACACUUAAUGAUGCACACGAUAAUGAAUACAGACUGUGCGUGCUGCAUGAAAUAACCAUAAACGUCACGUUUAUUUCUGGGGUCAGCAGCACGGUCUGCCUCUAGAGUCUAGCUCGAGGCUUCAAGCGAAAUGUUCUGAAAAAUGUUGAAGGUUUACUGCUGCUUGGCGCCAGUCGUCCAGCUAACAUCUAACAGCAGUUAUUAUUAUUUUUUUAAACCUUUCCGCUCGCAUUCAAAGACGAUAGCCGCGGUGGCUCGCAAUAAAUCGUAUUUAUGGUGCAGGAAUAAAGGAUUGAAUGGAUAUCAUGUCCUGGCUGGAAUCGAAAAACCGACAAUCCACAUUGUCAGUCACCACGAAGCUUUAGUGGUCCGGCAUGUCCGUUGGAGGGAUUGUUUUUAUGACAUUUUUCACAACUCGUCUAUAAAAUGAUUUUGGAUCAUAAAUUCCUUUUGUCCGUGUCGCAAUGCUGUCUGGGCGUUCAACAUGUAUUCACAUAUGCGCAUAUUCACAGACAUUAAUUACCAGACGCUAGAGGGGAAAAAAAAGUCAAGACGACAAGUUUUGAAUCCGAUCCAUCUUGGUAUCAGCAGAUCUUGUCACAUGCAGUGACGUAUACAUGUGUGUGACGUUAGCAGUAAGUAAUCCGAGAAGCGAAAUGAAUAUCCUGCAGCAGUAUGAACACGGAUGUCGCCGUGAACGUUUACUUAAAAAAAAAAAUUCUUUUCUACAACACUGCUCGCGUAUGUGUGUGUCUGUGUGUGUGUGUGAGAGAGAGACUGUGGGGGGUUGUGGAGUGCGAGCUAGCGUUCUAGAGUGAGUCAGGGGGAAGAGAGACAGAGAGGGGGGAGGAGAGGGAGGUGAAUGUGAGAGGAGGUCGACAAAGGCCAAGCGUCAGGCAGUGUUGAUUUUAAAUGUCACCAUUAAAUACCAAUUGCCGGCCCAGUCAAGCUCCUCAGCUGUUGUGAUAACAGUAUUGCGGAAUAGCAGCCUCUGCAGACGGUCCGCCGCUUGAAAGCAUCCCCGCUCCCUAGGAACUAAACUUUUAUCUCGAUACAAUAUCAAGGCUGUGUCCGGUAUACUCCCCACCCUCAGUGUUCAUUAAUACCGUAAAAAAAUAUGACACCUGGAUUGGGGGAGGAGUGGUAGUUAUGUCGCUCAGCGGACAGAUUAAUUAUCAAGCCAAGUUUAUUUUUUUGCAAAAUUCUUCAUAUCAGUGGGUCUGCUUGUGUUUACGUUUUAGGAGAAUAUAAACUUUUUGAAACUUCAGUAAUGGAGACUGUGGAACAAAGACUCGUUUUUAAAAGAUGUUUAUCAUCUUUCGUCAACAGUGAAGUGGGUAUGAGUUAAGAGAAACAGUUCUCUCCAGCCCACCAGUCGCACAUGGGGAGGAGUGGGUACCGGAGGCUGUGAAAGUGUUGUAAAAAUGUUCGGCUGCUUAAAACCAAAAACGUCCGAUAAUGAUGAGCAAAGAAAGCAAACCAAAGGGACACCAUUUUUUUGUCAUCAACCUUCACCACACAACAGAUGUUACUAUCUCACACUGGGAUAUCAUCUGUUUUAUCGCCCGAGCGUGCAUAUCUUCAUCGAACUGUAUAAAGUCUUUGGUAUAGCUAUUGACUGGGAGGCGGUUAUAGCUAUUACGCAAAGCAGGGUAUAUGCUAUGACUUCAUAUCUUUGUAUAAGGUCUUCAGUGUAGCUCUUGACCAGCAUGACGUAACGACAAGGAAGAAUAAUUCUUCUUUUUGUUCCUAAUCACCCCCAGUGGAGCAUAGGACCGGAACUGCACCAGAAGAAUAGCUACGAAAACUAUAUUUAGCUAAUGAAGAAAAGAAAAGAAAAUCCGAUGCGUACUUGUGCAAUAAACAGGCUUACAGAGGUUACUCACGACCUCCUGGACGUAAAUAAAUAGCAGUCAACCAUACACAUACAGUAUCUCUGUCCCGCAGUGACAGACCUCAGGAUGUGUAGGGUGACAAAUGGCGACUGUAAACUAUACUUGGUAACCGCUCCUUGUUCCUCACCAUUGAAAGUGCUGCAUCAUCCGGGUAAACGGAACGCAAAACGAACUGUUGAAUACGUAGAUUUUUUUUUAUUUCAUUGGCUGGGGAAGGUUGACCGGUUUCCAUUGGUGGUCGCGGACAAGUGAACGUUGCUUGUUAACCGGCUUUUCGCUAGAGACAGCGUUCGCCGAGGACACACUGUCCCCCUCAUCAGAAGUAGCAUCAGUCAUCGCCCUGUCAGUACACGACACACACCAGACAACUGUUCGCGCUGUUCAGGUCACACUUUCUGGAGAUAGACAAUUUGCUCACGGUCCCUGAGGAAAAAUGAUGCUGUACUUGCUGGUCGUUGCCGCCAUCAUCGUGGAGGCAAGAGAGGUGAUGUCGGCGACGACAGACACUAACCUGCUGCCACCUGGGUGGGAGGCAAUCUGCUCACCUGUACCACCUGCUGCCAGUGACCUCAAUGCCUCGUUUGAAUGUCACGUGAAUGAAACAGCUCCAGUCAAAUGGCAGCUGGCUGAUCUUAGGACAUUGCUGGCUUCUUUCCCCGCUGGUAGUGUGAAGGUAUCUUUUAAAGUCACGUGUGAAAAUGGCGGCAACAUAAGUCUACCCUGGCCUAUGAGGGCGCCUGGCCUCGUGGAAGUGAGGGUCAGGGACUGCAUUUUGUUGGACAAAUACGAUGAUUUCGGAACGUCCGCAGAAAAGCUUGGUGAUUUUCUGCGCGUGAUGGACCUGCGCAAUAGCACCUGGCUGGUUGAAUUAGAAGACUUGGGGAUCUUAAGUCAGCUGGAGAACCUGACCAGCGACUAUGACUGCGGCCAGGACAGUUCUAUCGUGGAGUACAUCUACAGGAAUAUUAGGGACAUCACCAUGUUAAACAAUACCGUUUUGACAACAUCGAGUGACACAACCGCAGAUGCCGGUGUGGAGUUUAAAGAUCUUUUGCAGACUAUUGCUAACGUCGACUUAAGCUGCAAGUAUGAAAAAAUGGAAGUGUACGACCAAAGUGAGAACAUAGCGUUUCCGCUUCACCACUUUGAGUUUUUAGUUUUUCGCGCGAAGUAUCCGAGUCUUCGCAUUAUGAACUACAGCUACAUUGGCUUAAAGGCAGUUCCUCAGCAACUGAAGGAAUGGGCGAGAUAUUUCCCCAAGCUAGAGCUGAUCGACUUGUCGCAUAACCGAAUUAACGACCUCACCUUCGAAUUCCCCUACGCGGCGGACGUGAACAUGACCCUGCGUCUUCAUUACAACAACGUCAGUAAAAUCUCUGUGGACAUUCUCAAGAACUGGGCGACCAUGCCCAAACUUUUUGUGGAUAUUCGUCAGAAUCCCAUAGACUGUGGCUGUGACCUUGGCAACCUUCUAGCACAGUUUAAGAACGAAACCGCGUGGAAAGGACCUGCUAUGAACUAUUACCGUUCCUACGUUCCUGACCUCACGUGCUUCACACCUCAUGGGCUGAAGGGUCGAAGUAUUGGUUCUCUGUCGCCAGAAGAACUGUACUGUCCAGUGUCACAGGCUGACCUUCGCCCUGCCAUGGCCGCUCUAGUGAUCGUUGCUGUUGUGCUGUUGGUGCUGCUGGUGCUUGCUGUGCGCUACCGUCGCGAGGUUCGCAUCCUCGUCUUCACGCGCGCCCACGUGUUGCUGCCGUGCGGCCUUCCGCUGGCGAACGUGGACGUCGGUCUGGCGGGUGGCAAAACCUACGACGCCUUCGUGGCCUACGCACACGACGACAGCGAGUGGGUGCUGAGGGAGCUGUGUCACAGGCUGGAGAACUCCGUCACGCGAGGCAGACCAGCGUGCAAACUGUGCAUCCACCAACGGGACUUCGUGGUGGGCAAAACCAUCAUCGACAACAUCAUCGACAGCAUCGCCGCUAGCAGGCACACCAUCGUCGUCGUGUCACCUAGCUUCGUCAAGAGCUCCUGGGCCAUGGAGGAGCUUCAGCAGGCUUUACGCCAGAGUCUGGAAGAACGCAGGCGCCAUCUGGUGAUAGUCAUGCUGAAAGAAGUGGAACAGACGAACAUGCCACCAGUUCUGAAGAGAUGCUGUAAAACCUUCACUUACCUAGAAGCUAGCGACUCACUCUUCUGGGACAGGCUCCAGUUUUCGCUCCAUGUCACAGAAAAGAAGAGAGUUAAGCUGGAUGAAAAAGAUGCUAACGAUUAUGAAGACCAACAGAAGACUGAUGACGCUAUUACAGAUGGUGUUUUCCACAACUCUGAUAAUAAGUCCAUCGAUGACCACCUGACAAAGAAUCUGUUUUUAGAAACAAUGCGCACCAUCUCAGUGGAUAGUGCCAUCUCACUCGGCUCGGCAGCAAGCGACGACCGACAACUCGUGACACCUCCGGCUAGUUCAAGAUUUAUCGUUCCUACUUUCAGCUUCAAUCGCCAUUGAGGAUUGUUUUAUAUCUCAAAAUCAGAAGAUACUCACGUCAGAAUGUGUUCAUUGGUGUUGUGUUUUAUAUUAAAACUAUCAAACUGACAUUGUUUACAUUUUGGAACACUACACCCCAUUUGAAUGAGGUGUGAUACUAUACAAACUACUCAAGCCAGUUCCAAAUGAUUGACAAAUUAUAUAGUAUCAUAAAAAUACAGGACAAUAAAAUAGACUACGAUAUAUUUCGACAGUAGUUUAAAGGGUAGAGAAAAGUUUAAAGGGAAUGGCAACUUGUCAGAUUUAAGUGCCUCGCUAUCAUCAUUAUGUGACAUGAUUGUGAAAUGGUGGGCUAGCAAUCUUUCCUGGAAUAGCUUUAUAUAUUUGCUUACUUGGCGUAAAACACCAAUUUUCAUUACCUUCUUGUGAUGAGAUCCCAGUGAGCAAUAUUUACUGGAAGUAAAAAAGGAGUAAUUCUGUUGGUGGUGCUAAGUCAUGAUGAUUUUACAUUUUAACUGUCUACGUGCUGUUCCCGUUGAAAGUGUGUGUUUGUUGUUUCGUCUAUCUGAACUCCAACAUUUUGAUGCCUCUUCUAUUAAAUUCUACGAGUCCCCUAUCCUCCUUCUCCGCCACUUAAAGACGCAAAAUUAUCAAUUAUAUUUACAGUGAGCCAUGUUUAUUUUUUAUACGUGAACUGUCAAAAAAUCCUGUACUGACAUAAUUUAUGUCAAAAAAGUAACUUUUGAAGGAAACCAGUUAUCGACUCUGUAAAUUUAAUUAACUUUGGACCACCAACAAUCCACUGAUCAAGUUUCCGUUGAUCUGUUAACGGCCAGCGAGAAUUUAAUGGUCAGAGAGCUGCAGUUUGAAAUCUUGACAGGUGGCACUCGAUGAUUGCCGCAGUUUUGUCAAGUUUAGCGAAGGUAUGAUAGUGUUAAUGUGUGUGUGAGUUUGUUUGUUGUGAUGUUUCUUUGCAAUAAAAUAACCAAUUGCACAAACAAGUCCGUUAUAACUGGCGAACUGACUUUCAGCAAUAAAUAAUCUAGUAGCUAUGUGUACAAAUGCUGUUUUUUUCAAAUUCAUAUUUUCUCCUUGUAUCUCAGCUGUUCACAGUAAUGCAUUCUGGCCGAGUUAUAUCGAUGCUCCAGGAACACUGCUAGCACCACUUAUUUUGUUGUUUUAUUGCUUGCUCACACUCUUUUGUUAUGUAUGAUGUAUCAUGAGCCUAUGGCCACCUAUGCACACUCAAAUGUUAAAGUAGGAUGCGAUAGACUAGUCCUUGCAUGUAAGCUGUAUCUUCAUUGUAACUGUAAUGACAGUUGGACCACCAACAGCUGGUCAAGUCUCCACCUCUGGCAAGCGAGAAUAGGGAGAACGGUGUAGAUGUAAACAUUGACCUCCUUUACCUACGUUGUUAAUUUUAUAGGCUGUAGACUUGACUAUGUCAACACUAUAGUGGCCAUAUAAGGUCAUGAACUUUGCCCCUGUAAUUCUGAACAAGGAAGGGGGAGACGUUGGACAAAAGAAGGAAAAGGAACAGUUUAGUUUCUCGACUAGAGAGAAAAUUUUACUGUUCCGAGCUGCGUGGUGACGAGCGGAUCGAGGUCCGUCUAGUAGAAGACAUAAAGAUUAUUGUUUUAAUUCGGUUGUACUAAAGUUCUUGUAUGUUCGGUUGUGAUGAGUGAUCGUCCUUAUCAGUUUUUGUCAGUACUAGACUGUAGAUAGGACUAGGACUGAACUAUGCUGUACCAAAGAAAUAUACAUUUGUUAUUUGUACUGUUGUGGAAUAUUGGAAUAUAUGGAAUAUAUGUGAACUUUGAAUUGCAAACUUUGAUAUUCUGAAACAAAAUACAUGCGUGCUGCCUCAGCAGAAACAACCUCACAGCCUCGACAUCUCCACAAUUUAAAAAGAUAAGUUAGGUGUUGUUUGUUGCAUGUAUGCAUCAAUACGAUUGUGUUUUUUAUUUUAAUUAUAUUUCUUUGUUCUUUA